GCAUCGAGUGCGGGCAGUUCCGAAGACCCAAGAGGAAGGUAAACCUGCUGAAGCGGGCAGGUGGCUGGCGGUCCGGCUCGUGAAGGAGCUGCCGGGAGCUCGUGCCCUGCAGAAAGAUGCACGGCCACCAACACGCGCUCACUUGCCUCUUUGCAUCCUAGGACAUGACACAAGUGGCACAUCCUGGCCAUGGGGUCCCAGCAGUCCGCUUAUGCUCACCCCCCUUCUUGCAAGCGGAAGAAGGCAGAUGACAGGGAGGAUUUGCUGGCUGAACGGGAGCAGGAAGAAGCCAUUGCUCAGUUCCCAUAUGUGGAGUUCACAGGGCGAGAUAGCAUCACCUGUCUCACGUGCCAGGGGACAGGCUACAUUCCAACAGAGCAAGUAAAUGAGUUGGUGGCUUUGAUCCCACACAGUGAUCAGAGAUUGCGUCCUCAGAGAACGAAGCAGUAUGUCCUCCUGUCUGUUCUGCUCUGUCUCCUGGCAUCUGGUUUGGUGGUUUUCUUCCUGUUUCCACAUUCGGUCCUCGUGGAUGAUGACGGCAUCAAAGUGGUGAAAGUCACGUUUAAUGAGCAGGACUCCCUUGUAAUCCUCGCCAUCACGGCCACCCUGAAAAUCAGGAACUCCAACUUCUACUCUGUGGCGGUGACCAGCCUGUCCAGCCAGGUUCAGUACAUGAACACCGUGGUUGGGUCAUAUGUGACAACUAACAUCUCCCUCAUUCCACCUCGGAGCGAGCAUCUGCUUCUUCUGCAGGUUACCCGAUAUCCUGGUGCACAGCACAGUGGUCUUCAUGCGAACUUCAGUGAAGAUUUCCUACAUUGGCCACAUGACCCAGAGCUCCCUGGAGACACACCACUAUGUGGAUUGUGGAGCAAAUUCCACAGCUGUUUAGAAACUGCUCGUGGUCCUUCCAUGGCAGCACCUGUCAGAAGAGACACAGCAUCUGUUUCCAGGGCCUGAGCCCUGUACCUACCCCAGGGGGUAGAACCAGAGGAGAAAUUGGUUCUCUCAGUCCCCAGCAGACGUUCCUCCUGCCACUAGGGAGGAAAACUCCUCUCUGUAGCGCCAUUUACUUUUCUCAGAACCAGCAGGAUCACCGCCUAGUGCCUAGCCUAUGCCCAGCAAAUAGUAGGCACUCAAAGAAGGUUUGAAGAGUUUAACUGAGAUCUUUUCAACUGUUCUUGGGACAUUAUCAGUUACAAUCAUACCAUGGUUCUAGGGUAUCAGACGAUAGAGUGAUCCAGAAAUAAGACGGUCGGUGCAGUUGCAGAACUGUUUUCGGGGCCUCAUCACAGAAGAGGCAGCAGGGAGGGAGUAUUUGGAUACAUUAAAGAAGAAAGCACAGACCAUUCAAUAUGUGAAAUUUAUUCAUCUGCCUCCAAAUGCCUAGGAACUUUAUUAAAGAAAAAAAAAUAACUUUUUUUUUCCUGUAGAAAGUUAAAACUGUUUUUACCAAGAGUCUGUGGGGUCUGAUUUACCCUUCGUCCAUUGGCUGGAACAUGGAUUGGAGAAUUUGGUAGAAAAGUAAACCCUGCUUUUGAUUCAUCUGUGUCUCCUCUGAUUGUCUGGAUGUCUCAGUAGGCACCUCUGGGGGACCGUAGAAUAGUUGCUUGUGAAGUGUUAUCAGCACACGAUGGGAAGGGAAGAGAAGAAGCCCUGCUUGUACUGUCCCCGUGAGCUCCUAUCGCAGUCCGUCUACCUCUGAUGGUGACAGGUUGGCCUAUCGCUGUUGUAGAACAGAGCACUUAAUGCCCCCUGGAGGUUGGACGAGGUAGAGCAGUGAUGCCUGAGGAUUGAGAAGCUGCUUCCCUGAGGAGGAAUAACUUGCUAAUUAAGAGGACCUGGUUUGAAGUUGAAAGUUUCUUGAACUGUCUCCACCCUCUCCACCACCCAAAGCGCAGGCUCCAGCCCCACGGUGGCAGGGCAUCUAGGGGGAAGCUUGAGUAGUCAGUUUCAGAACUCCGCUGAGGUGGGCUCCAGCUCCUUCUCCAGCACUCGUGCCUCGGGAAACCCUAACAGCAACAGAAGGGGAAACUAUUUCGGAAGUUGGUCUGUGAUUUACCCAGGAUCCAGGGUCCUGAGCAAGUCUUCACUGGAGUCAGACUCCUGGGUUCCACUCAGUCAAAAAGCAAAAGCCCUUGGAGGCAGGACACUUUCGUAGAGACGAGGAAGCUCAAGAAAGGAACAGUAGCCUGACUGAGGCCUACAGCUAGUAAGCCAGGGGAGAAAGAGAGGAGAGUCGGCGGAUGCCUUACGAUCCGGUGCCAGCUGCCCUGGACCCCAAAACCGAACACACGCGGGGGGCCUAGACCUCUCUUGGACUGGCCUCCGCCUCGACGCCAGUCCUCAGCAGCAGGGCCUCCUCCCCCUGCCCUUCUCCUCCCCACUGUCCACAGUGACCCAGCCUGCGAGGGCAGAGGCCCACACACGUCGCAUGAGUGUUCCUCCAAGUCACCGGACACGCUGAGCCAAGGGAGGGGAGGGGACAGAACAACACGCCCCUCUCCCUCACCUGUCGCUCUGCGUGGCAUCCCACGUAGCCCGUCGGCGCUCGUGCCCCUUUAGGGCCACGAUGCCUGCUGUGGACCAGCCCUCUGCCUGCUGUCGCCCGGGGCCCCAGGCGGCUCAUCUCUCUGGCGGCCCAGCCGGCCUGACUCACCGUGCAGCCGUCCUUCAGAACCGUAUACGUGAACCUGCUGUUGCCCUCGGCCCGGAUCUCCACGUCGUUGGAGCCCUGGAUGAGCAGGGCCUUCUUGAGGUUGCCAGCGGCCUCGUCCAGGGAGCUCCCAGGAUAAAGGAUGCUGUCACAUUAGCUGCAGGCUGAUGCCCCGAAAGAAGCCCUUCGCAUCCGAGAGCUCAAGCCUCCCGGUGCCGGGAGCACCCCAGACGGCAGGAAGGACACUCACAGCAGGGCCAGUUUCGCCUGAACGUCCACGGGGUCCAGGAGGUCCAAUGGGGCCGGGGAUUCCAUUAGCGCCAUCUUUGCCAGAGGGACCGACGGGGCCAGGAGGACCCUGCAGACCGGAAAGGAGAAAGACAGUGAGAAGAGAGCCAUCGACAAAGGGAAGGUCCGGGAGAAGCCGAGGCUGGUGAGGCUCAUAGCUGCUCUCUUCCCAAGUCUUCCCAUUUCUCAGUCAUGGAACCCCACGCUGCUCUCCGUGUGGCCAAGAACCGGCAGGACGGCUUCACGGCUCUCUCACUCCCUACAAUCCCCUUUGUAAAAUCCUAUUCCCAGGGAGUCUGUCUGACAGCCGAGAGCUGCACUCGUGGUCGUCCUAUGGCCUCAGGUACUUCUCUGGCCACAGUGUCACCAAGCCAGUCCCACCUCUGCUGCUGAGUGAGGCGCCUGAGCCCGAGGCUUCCCCAGAAGCAGCCACAUCUCCCUCCUCACCAGACACCUGACCAGCACCCUGGUCCCACCCCGGAGGAAGGGUUCACUCCGUCUCACUUACUCUGGGGCCAGAAGGGCCGGCAGGACCAGAAGUCCCUUGGUCUCCAGCGGGACCCUGUGCAGCAGGA